GAACCUAUUUAUAGUCAAGCGUCAUCAACAGCAACAACACAAACACCGCAUAUUCUUGAUAUUCAGGCCUAGAUUCCAGUUUUCACUAGAUUUCUAGAACCUAGACGCUACACUCGGCCCGUGUCAGGAUUGUCACCGUUGUUCACUUACCUUCAAACGACACCGUCGAACGAACGUGUCUACCUAUCUAGCAACACUAUGCCUGAAAUUCAACCUGCUGAAGAGAUGGAGGGGGAGAAGGAAACUUUUGCCUUUCAAGCUGAGAUUGCACAGUUGAUGAGCUUGAUCAUCAACACAUUCUACAGCAACAAGGAAAUCUUCUUGAGAGAGUUGAUCUCAAAUGCUUCUGAUGCCUUAGACAAAAUCAGAUAUGAAUCUCUGACAGAUCCAAGCAGAUUAGACUCUGGAAAGGAUUUGCAAAUCAGAAUCGUACCUGACAAGGAGAACAAGACCCUCAUCAUUGAGGACUCUGGAAUUGGCAUGACAAAGGCUGACUUGGUGAACAACCUAGGAACCAUUGCCAAAUCAGGUACGAAGGCUUUCAUGGAAGCCCUGCAAGCUGGGGCUGACAUUUCUAUGAUUGGACAGUUUGGUGUAGGUUUCUACUCUGCUUACCUGAUAGCUGACCGUGUUGUGGUGGAGUCCAAACACAACGAUGAUGAGCUGUACACAUGGGAGUCUUCAGCUGGUGGUUCCUUCACAAUAGCCUCUGGCACUGGAGCCCCGCUGGCUCGUGGUACAAGAAUCACUCUGUAUGUCAAGGAAGAUCAGGUGGAAUAUUUGGAAGAGAAAAGAAUUAAAGAUGUUAUCAAGAAACACAGCCAGUUCAUUGGUUAUCCCAUCAAACUGUUGGUGGAGAAGGAACGGGAGAAGGAAGUUUCUGAUGAUGAAGAGGAGGAAGAAAAAAAAGAGGAUGACAAGGAAGAGAGCAAAGAAGAGGACAAGCCCAAAGUGGAGGAUUUGGAUGAAAAUGAUGAUGAAGAUGCAGAGAGUAAGGACAAGAAAAAGAAGAAGACCGUCAAAGAAAAAUAUAACGAAGAGGAAGAGCUGAACAAGACCAAGCCUCUGUGGACAAGAAAUGCUGACGACAUUACGCAAGAGGAGUAUGCUGAGUUCUACAAGUCCCUUACCAAUGACUGGGAAGACCAUCUGGCAGUGAAACAUUUCUCAGUAGAAGGGCAGUUGGAAUUCAGAGCUCUCCUAUUUAUUCCAAAGAGGGCUCCUUUUGAUAUGUUUGAGAAUAAGAAAAAGAAGAACAACAUCAAAUUGUAUGUACGAAGAGUAUUUAUUAUGGACAACUGUGAAGAUCUCAUUCCAGAGUAUUUGAACUUUGUGAAGGGUGUUGUGGACUCUGAAGAUCUCCCUCUGAAUAUCUCGAGAGAAAUGUUGCAGCAAAGCAAAAUUCUCAAAGUCAUCCGAAAGAAUCUGGUCAAGAAAUGUAUUGAACUCAUUGAAGAUGUGGCAGAAGACAAGGAAAAUUACAAGAAGUUGUACGAACAGUUUGCCAAAAGUUUAAAGCUCGGCAUUCAUGAAGACAGCACGAACAGGAAAAAGCUGGCUGACUUCUUGAGAUACUAUUCAUCACAGUCAGGAGAUGAAUACACGUCGCUGAAAGACUAUGUUUCCCGAAUGAAGGAAAACCAAAAGGACAUCUACUACAUUACUGGUAAUGAGGAUAGCAUUAUAUAUAUAUAUAUAUUUGUCGAGCGGGUGAAGAAGAGGGGAUUCGAAGUGAUCUACAUGACUGACCCUAUUGAUGAAUACUCUGUGCAGCAGCUGAAGGAGUAUGAAGGCAAAAACCUUGUGUGUGUCACAAAGGAGGGCUUGGAACUCCCAGAGGAUGAAGAGCAGAAGAAGAAAUUUGAGGAGGCAAAGGCUCGGUUUGAAGGACUUUGCAAAGUCAUGAAGGAGAUCCUUGACAAGAAAGUUGAGAAGGUCGUUGUGUCAAACCGCCUUGACACAUCACCCUGCUGCAUCGUCACCUCUCAGUAUGGUUGGUCAGCCAAUAUGGAGAGAAUCAUGAAGGCUCAGGCGCUGCGGGACACCAGCACCAUGGGCUACAUGGCAGCUAAGAAGCAUAUGGAGAUCAACCCUGAUCAUCCUAUCAUCAACACGCUGAAGGAGAAGGUCGAUGCCGACAAGAAUGACAAAGCUGUCAAAGACUUGUGUUUGUUGCUGUUCGAGACAUCACUUCUUGCCUCUGGUUUCAGCUUGGAAGAUCCUUCUUCUCAUGCCAACAGAAUUCAUCGAAUGGUCAAGCUUGGUUUGGGCAUUGAUGACGAUGAUGGUGCCUCUGGUGAUGCUGCUGACGAGGCUGCUGCCGGAGAUGAGAUUCCAGCUCUGGAAGGAGAUGAUGAUGAUGCGUCUCGCAUGGAGGAAGUGGAUUAAUCUCCUAAAUUUUGCCGUUGUUUGGAUUGUUUAAUUUGAUUGCCUUUUCAAUCCUAAUGUACUGUGAAAAGCUGCUGUUUUCUACUCUUAUUUGGUGUAUUUUGUAAAAUUAUGAUCCAUAUUUGCUUAUGAGCCAGCCUGUACGGUAGUCUCAUUCACUUGAUAGCACUUUUCAUAUGUCAUUUAGUUUUCCUUUGGUUUUGUCUUCAAAUUGAACAUUCCAAAAGAACAAAACAAACCAAACAGCUCAAAGACCAAAACAGGACUACUGCCAGUUUUUACACACAUCUUGUUUAUUUAUUUAUUGAUAUUGUUCCAGUUAUUUUGAGAAUUAAUAAAUUUCAUCAUGUUAUUAAUUUCAA